GGUGAUGAUAUUUGACUUCACGCUGCUUGACGUAAUUCAUUUUAGCGACUUGUCCGCCCGUUAAAACAAAUGAAUGUGUGCAGGUGCACGCCUUCAAAAAAAAUCAAUAGACUUCAAUAGUUGACAUGUAGCACCACAAAACAGGGAGAGUGAAGGUCAGCGGGUCAGAGAUGACAUAAUGCAACCAGCGCGUUACCAGGCAGAGUAAAACAAGCGCGCAGACAACACAAUAACCGUUUUUUCUCAAAGUUUUUCGGUUAUUUAACUUUGGAACGGCGAUAAUAUCAUGGAAGUACCCUGGAUUAAAUUUUAGCACUCCGUCGAGAUGUUUAUUAGUUCAUAUUUUUUAAGUUCGCCCAUGUUUUUACCGGUAGGAUGCGAGAAGUAGUGUGAAGCUGGCCGCGAUAAGGCAACACUACCGUCUAUGCGACUGUGAUAUUUGUGGGAUCUAGCUGGAGGAGUUGUCCGUUUUUAAUGUCUGUAAAACUAAAGAUUUCACUUUUCCACAUUGCAUGGAUUUCUGAUAGUCGGUCGACAGUGUUUCGAGCUGGAUUUCUAGUAAUUCUGAAUUAAGUGGUGCAGUUUAGUAUUGUCUUGUUUAGACAUGUUAACAGAAUCUGUUUCGCCUGAGGAAAAUGUUUUGAGAGCCACUCAAAUGUGAAAUACAACAUAAAUUAAGUCCCACUAUCAGGGUAGUAUUUUUGACUUUUUUAACUAAAUAGAUUCCGAGAUUCGGUCGGGUGUGUCCUGCUAAUUUGUUUGGGUUUAAUUUGCUCUAAAGCGACAAACACGCCUUACAGAUUUGAUGAAUAGUUAUAGACUAUCGUUAGUAGAUAAAGGGUAAGUUAUCUGUAUUAUUGCUUUAUAUUACAGUAAUAAUUACUUUAUACUGGCACUUUAUGUAUGUUUAAGCACGUUAAUUCUUCUCUUUGUGUAUUCUACAGUACUAGUACAGACAUGACAGCUGUUGUAGGUCGAGUUUGGGGGUGGGUCAGUCCAGCCAAUCUGUACUCCACCUGGGGCAGCAAAACCAAACCAGAAAAACCCUUGACAACUUUGAGUCAGACCCAAAGCAGGUGGGGUUUAUGGGGACUCACGUCCUGGGUUUGGAGGAGCGAGAAACCCAAGAAUGACCAAAAGACACUGGCUGAGGAGUUCUGGGAGACAGAGGAGAAUGUCACGCCUUUUGAAAUAGAAGAGCUGAGGGCGAUGAGGCCUGAGGUCGAGAACGUGGCAGCCCAAAGCUCUUCACGCUGGUGGAGGAGGAUGCUUCCUUCCAGCUACUUUUUUUGGCCUAGAUGGUCAUCAUCCACUGGACUACGACAACGGAAAUGUGCCGGGUGGAAUGAGGGCACGUGGGACACAGAUGAAAUCGACGGGGAGUCAGAUUACGGGACGCCUCCACCAUCUCCCACGCAUCUUUCCCAUAAGCAGUCAGCAUUCCAGUUCUUCUCUCGCUCGUGGACGGGAGAAAUUCUUCCAGAACACUACGAGAUUUGCUUUAAUUUUCUCCGCCACCUGUUUGACCUCUUUGUAGUGGGCUUUCUAAAAACAGUUUCCUCUCCGGCCAAGAUCAUUUUAGAUGCGUUGGGGGUGCAGGGGGCCCUGAAACUGUGGCUCCAUGGCAUGGCCAUGUUCUUGGUAUCGUCUCUCGGGAUGGCAGGACUGCUGUGGGCGGUACAGGAGCAUCUGCCGCAAUUUGCUGUCAUCUAUGGUAUUGUGCAAGCUCUGGUCAUCUCUGUUAGUGUGCACCAGAGUGAAAUUGUGGGAGAGGGGGAUGAUGGGAAAGGUGACGAUGAGGUCAAAGUGGCUGAGGGGGAGAAGGACACAUGGGAGCAGAAUGAACCACAGCAGACCACUGAUGAAAGCAACAAAGGAGUUAAACUAAGAAGUUAAUUUACAGAGAAAAUUGAUAUUUUGGGUUGCUGAUAUGCUGAUGGUCCAAGAUCUUUGAUUUAAGAUUUGGCCACUUCAACACUGACCAAAAUGGAUGGGCACCAACACUGCACAAAGCCAAUGUACGAUUGAAGUGAACACCAGCACCCCUUGAUCUCACAUUUAAAUGUUUUGAUUCUUCCAAAAACUACGAUUUUGGUAAGACUUUACCAUAAGGUUUAAUUUGUUAACAUUAGUUAGCAACAUUAGUUAACAUUAACUAACAAUGAAGAAUACAUUUAAAUCAUUUAUUAAUCUUUAGUUAAUGUUAAUUUAAACAUAUCUUGAUACAUUUUUAAAAUCAAAAGUUGUAUGUUAACCUUAGUUAAUGCACUAUGAACUAACAAGAAACUAACAAUGAACAGUGUUAUUUUUAUUAACUAACAUUAACAAAGAUUAAUAAAUGCUAUGAAGAUAUAAUGUUCAUCGUUAUGAUACCUAAUGCAUUAAUUAAUGUUAACGAAUGGAACCUUACUGUAAAGUGUUAGUAUGAUUUUUAAGAUAGCACACCAGCAAAUGACUAAAAUUCAUCUACAGCAUGCCUCAUCCUUACUGUGACUAAAACUGCCACAAGACAGCCUGCACUGUACACAUAGGAAAAACAGAAGAAACAUGUACAGAACUGAAUACAUUGUCAGGGAAUCUCAUUGAGACUAUUAAAAACUGCUUUUAUUUGAAUAUUGGGUGAUUUGUCCAUAGGCUUAAUCAGUUAGCUUAACGGUUACAGACACAAGUUGUUUAUAUGGUGAUCAACAGCUUUGCAACUCCACAUUGUAUGUACUCGACAUCCGCAUGUGUCACUUUAUUCAGUUUAUUUAACCCUUUCCUCUAACAGUGUCUUUAAAUUGUUCAUUUCCUUUCUCAAAUCAUAAGUGCUUAAACUUUUCCAUUGUAAUUCCCAUCUGUUAUGCAGUCCGUUUGUGAAAUCAGUAGGUGAUUAUUAAAGGACAAUUAUAAAGGAACUGGAUGCAAAACAUUCUUAAGCAACAUAUAGCAAAUUAGAGCAAUACAUUACUCUGUAACCUGUUGAAUAUUAUUCUUAUUUUAAAGUGGUUGCACAGUUUGUUUGAUUAUAGCAUCUUUAUGUUUUGGCGUACGCCAUUAGAAGCAUUUUGUGUUUGAUGUAUAUUUAUGUUUGUACCAUCACAGCAUUAACUGCACCUUUUGACGAUUUCAAAUGUAUUAUUGUUCUUCUUUGUUUAAUUUGUAUUUCAUUUGAUUGUCAUAUUGUUUUGAAUACUUCUGUUGUUUCUCGCAGUACCUGGUACAUUGGCCAGUUCAGAGUGAAUCAUGGGUAAAGAAAUUAGAAGGGAUUUUGCACAUCUGUGUACUGACAGCUGAAUAUUCAAUGCUUUAUAACACAUUCGUGUCUCACGCUUGCAGGAAUAGCUUUCUCUUCCAGAAUGUGUUUUACAUGCUUUAUGCAUGAUGAGAUCAGCACAAUGAUACUCUUAAGUGAUGGAAAUAUUUUUAACUUGUGACACGCUUUUCUUUUGUGGUGAAUGGCAUUGUUUUCUCUAAGGUACUUGUGUAUAAAUUUGUCGAUUUUUCAUGGUAAUUAUUUAAACAAUAUUUAGUGCCAAAAUUGUUUGUUUGUUUACCAUGAAUUCAAGCAAUGCAAGAAUGCAUGUAGGUUUUUUAAAAGUCAUGAGUACAUUGAAGUGCGGGCCACUGCUGUAAUAAAAAAAAAAAAUGUAAAUGUGUGCUGUAUCGUCUAUGGCCUGUUUGAGAGGAGAAAGAUGGAUGGUUGGAUGAAUGCAUAUUUCCUAACUUCUACAGUUCUUAAGUGCUGUACACUGAGCCUUUAAUAGUCCUUACAGCUAAAAUAAAUGUCUUUUUUCCACAUUAAA